AUGGCUGCAGAAAACGAGACCGAUGAUGAAGACGAAGGCUCUAGUGACGAUGAAGAUGAAGGCUCUAGUGACGAUGAAGAUGAAGGCUCUAGUGCCGAUGAAGACGAUGACUCCAGUAAUGAUGCAGAUGAAUUGAAUAUACCAAUGAUUGACGAGAAGUUUUCGCCAGAUGGUGCGACAAAUUCAUCUGCAUUGGCUCAAACUACGUAA